CUGAGCCCGCCCAAAUCCGGCCGGGACUGGAGGCUACCCUUACGCCAGCCGAGGAGCGGAGCACCCGGUCUGUUGCAGAGCGGAGCACCCGGCCUGCUGCAGCUGCUGGCACUUGGCUCCAGCCCACACUCCCGGUUCGGUUCCUCGGGUCCGCUUUCCCCGCGCGACCGUCGUGUGGCGGCUCCCUGCGUUGACGCACGGGUCCUGGUCGAUGGCUGCGCCGGGGUUGGGGCGCUGGGUCCUCGGCCUCGGGCCCCUCCUGCUCCAGUUCUUCCUCCCUUUCCAGCUGGUCGCUGGGCGCUGGGGUCCGGAGGGCGCGGGGGGAGGCGUGCGCCGAGGAUUAGCUGAACCAUCCGUUGUUGCCAAACACGAAGAUAGUUUGUUUAAGGAUUUAUUUCAAGACUACGAAAGAUGGGUUCGUCCUGUGGAACACCUGAAUGACAGAAUAAAAAUAAAGUUCGGCCUUGCAAUAUCUCAGUUAGUGGAUGUGGAUGAGAAAAAUCAGUUAAUGACAACCAAUGUCUGGUUGAAACAGGAGUGGAUAGAUGUGAAGUUAAGAUGGAACCCUGAUGACUACGGUGGAAUAAAACUUAUACGUGUCCCUUCAGACUCUCUCUGGACUCCAGAUAUCGUUUUGUUUGAUAAUGCAGAUGGACGUUUUGAAGGGGCCAGUACCAAAACCGUCGUCAGGUACGACGGCACGGUGACCUGGACUCCACCGGCAAACUACAAAAGUUCGUGUACCAUCGACGUCACAUUUUUCCCAUUUGAUCUCCAAAACUGUUCCAUGAAAUUUGGUUCGUGGACUUACGAUGGAUCACAGGUUGAUAUAAUUUUGGAGGACCAAGAUGUAGACAAGAGAGAUUUUUUUGAUAAUGGAGAAUGGGAAAUUGUCAGCGCAACAGGGAGCAAAGGAAACAGAACUGACAGCUGUUGCUGGUAUCCUUACAUCACUUACUCAUUUGUAAUUAAGCGUCUGCCUCUCUUUUAUACCUUGUUCCUCAUUAUACCCUGUAUUGGGCUCUCAUUUUUAACUGUACUUGUCUUCUAUCUUCCUUCAAAUGAAGGUGAAAAGAUCUGUCUCUGUACUUCAGUACUUGUGUCUCUGACUGUCUUCCUUCUCGUUAUUGAAGAGAUCAUACCUUCAUCUUCCAAAGUCAUACCUCUGAUUGGAGAGUACCUGGUGUUCACAAUGAUUUUUGUGACACUGUCUAUCAUGGUCACUGUCUUUGCUAUCAACAUUCAUCACCGUUCUUCCUCAACGCACGACGCUAUGGCUCCGUGGGUCCGCAAGAUAUUUCUUCACAAGCUACCGAAACUGCUUUGCAUGCGAAGUCACGUAGACAGGUACUUCAGUCAGAAGGAGGAAGCUCGGAGCAGCCGUGGACCCAGAUCUUCUAGAAACACCCUGGAAGCUGCACUGGAUUCCGUUCGCUAUAUCACAAGACAUGUCAUGAAGGAGACCGAUGUCCGUGAGGUUGUUGAAGAUUGGAAAUUCAUAGCCCAGGUUCUUGAUCGGAUGUUUCUGUGGACUUUUCUUCUGGUUUCAGUUGUUGGAUCUCUUGGGCUUUUUGUUCCUGUUAUCUAUAAAUGGGCAAAUAUAAUAGUACCAAUUCAUAUUGGAAAUGAAAAUAAGUGACACUUUCCAAGGUGUUGUAAUAGGAAUUUAGUUAAAAGGCACAUAUUUCUUAUGGCACCUAUGAAUUACAAAAAUGUAAAUUGUGUUUAAAAUUUGGUGCAACCAGCAUCAGUUUAUCUCAAUAGAUUGCCCAUUAAAAUAUUUAGCUGCAUGACUGAAGUAGUAACUGAGUGAAUAAUAUUUGAUCUUCUAAAAAUAAUAGCACAAAAUAUUAUCUAAACUGAACUAAUAAAAAUCUAAUGUUUGUAUCCUGGCAAAUAAUUCUACUUUGUAAUCAGCAGUGAAGUUCAUCUUUUGACUGUGCUGGAAAAUCCUGUUGUAUUUGAAGACUGAUUUCAUUGGGUAAAAGUACACAUUUAAAAAUU